CUCGAUCCAAGAUGUCAGAAGGGUCGGGUGCCCUAGGGUGCCGAAUCUGUUUGGUUGACUUUUUUUUACUUACACCUGGCAGGACUAUGCUUUGUUAGAUCAUGACUCAAUAUAGAAGUUAAUCAAGUUUGCACAACAUUGAGGAUUAGUGAAUUACAUUUCGUGAAACAAACUAAAAAAAAGAUAUUUGUUUUUUUCUUAAAUGGCACUUUGGAGGAAUAUACCGUCGAAAAUAUCAGAAGCAUCAAAAAUUAUUUACAGCGCAGCUUCUCGAGCUUCGUAUCACGCGAAUGUUUUGGACCACUACGAAAAUCCCAGAAAUGUAGGCUCGCUGGACAAAAAUGAUAAACAUGUUGGAACCGGAUUAGUAGGAGCUCCAGCCUGCGGAGACGUUAUGAAGCUUCAGAUUCUGGUUGACGACGAUGGAAAAAUUAUAGACGCAAAAUUCAAAACAUUCGGUUGUGGUUCUGCUAUAGCCUCAAGUUCUCUCGCUACCGAAUGGGUCAAGGGAAAAACGGUUGAUGAGGCACUGAAACUGAAGAACACAGACAUUGCAAAAGAAUUGUGUCUACCGCCUGUCAAACUACACUGUUCGAUGCUUGCAGAGGACGCAAUCAAAGCAGCUCUAUCAGAUUAUCGUAUAAAGCAGCAGGGAAAGAAUGAUAGCGAGCAAUAAAGCAAUAACUGACAAAUGCAAGUUUAGCUCAGUAUAGGAUAAGCUUAUUAAGAAUGUAAAGUUUAGUUAGGAAUUAUACCUUUAGAAAUUUAUUUGUGCAAAUUAUAAUGUAUAAAUACAACUUUCCAAUCGUUUAGUAGAUAGGAGAAAUGAGUUAUUUUUUACAUGCUGAAAGAAAAUUUCUGCAGUUUUAUUUAUUGCUGUUAAUUUAACGUGGGGUUUUAUUAUAAUAAUACAUGGUUAUUACUUCGUAGAAGAACAAAGAACAUUUUAUAUGUCUAGAUAAUAAUAACACCUAUUUUUUUUAAAUUUUAGAUCUUGUAUUUUUUAUUGUACCAAAAUAGUGUAUUACACCAUAAGUUGGGUUAGGCACGUGUUUACAUGGGAACAUAAAGUGAAUAUUUUUUGAUAA